GUUUCAGUUUCCAGGCUUGAGGGCUGCAGCUUCAGAGGGAGGGGCAGAGUGCUGCCUGGAGACAGCUUUUCUCAGGCUUUUCUCCUCCCUGGAAGCAGAGGGCUAAUCUCUCCAUUCCACUGUCUCCUUCUCCAGAGAAGGCUGCCGGAAGCUUCUCCCAGCAUUGCUGAGCAGAAGCACAGAAGAUUCAAUCCAGAGGACAGGCUGAUCCAGCAGAGAUGGAUACAUUACCCGACCUGUAUGGGACCGUUGGGGACAGUCUAGACUACUUCCUGGAACACAGCCUUCAGCCCCAAAGGGACUGGAAAGAGGAAGGAAAGGAUGCCUGGGAGAGAAUUGAGAGGUUCUUUCGGGAAAAGUGCUUCUGUGAUGAGCUGCUCCUGGACCAAGAAGUCAGGGUGCUUAAAGUGGUAAAGGGAGGCUCCUCAGGAAAGGGGACGGCGCUGAACCACAGAUCUGACCAGGACAUGAUUCUGUUCCUGAGCUGUUUUUCCAGUUUCAAACAGCAGGCAAGAGACCGGAAGGCCGUCAUAGACUUCAUUAAGAGCAAGCUGAUUCAUUGUAGGAAAAGCCUGGCCUACAACAUCACUGUCCGUCAACACAAAGAAGGCAAAAGGACCCCUCGCUCCCUGACCCUAGAGAUCCAGUCCAGGAAGAGCAAUGACAUAAUUUGCAUGGAUAUUCUCCCUGCUUACAAUGCCUUGGGAUCCUUUUCCAGAGACUGCAAACCAGAACCUGAAAUCUACGAGAAUCUGAUAAGGUGUAAGGGCUACCCUGGCGACUUCUCGCCAAGUUUCGCAGAGUUACAGAGACAUUUUGUGAAAAGUCGCCCGGUUAAACUGAAAAACCUCCUACGGUUGGUGAAGUUCUGGCACCUGAAGUACCUGAGGCAUAAAUAUAGAAGAGCAGUGUUGCCCUCAAAAUAUGCACUGGAGUUGCUGACCAUCUAUGCUUGGGAGAUGGGUACAGACAGCAGUGAUAAUUUCAAUCUGGAUGAAGGGUUUGUAGCCGUCAUGGAGCUCCUCAGGGACUACCAAGACAUCUGCAUCUACUGGACCAAGUACUAUGAUUUCCAAAAUGAGGUCGUCAGGAACUUCCUGAAGGAACAGCUUAAGGGCGACCGGCCUAUCAUUCUAGACCCAGCUGACCCCACCAACAACCUAGGAAGAAGAGGAAAAUGGGAACUGGUGGCCAAAGAAGCUACUUACUGCCUGCUACAGUUGUGUUGUGUGACUGCAGACCGCUGGAAUGUUCAGGGAGCGAGGGACGUUCAGGUGACAGUGAAACAAACAGGAAGGGAAGAGUGGAUUCUCUUGACAAACCCCCACAGCCCCAUCAGGAAGUUGAAGGCAAAGAUCAAGAAGAGAAUGAACCUCUGUGGGGAGCUGCGUAUCUCCUUCCAGGAGCCGGGAGGGGAGAGGCAGCCGCUGAGUGGCCGGAAAACCCUGUCGGAUUAUGGAAUUUUCUCUAAGGUGAACAUCCGGGUGAUGGAGACCUUUCCUCCUGAGAUCCAGGUCUUUGUGAGGUAUCCCGGUGGCCAGAACAAGCCUUUUGCCAUCGACCCUGAUGCUACCAUCUUAAGCCUGUGGGAGAAAAUUGAGGAAGAUGGAGGCCCAUGUACGGAGGAUUGGGUACUACUGUUUGAGGGUGAGGAGCUGGACGAUGAUGACAACCUUGCAGAGCUUCAGAUCAAGGACUGUGACACCAUCCAGCUCAGCAGGGUCUCCUAGUCUGCCUCCCCACAUCACCCCUUUACUCUGACAUAUUCCUCCUGUAGCUUAAACAUCAUCAUAUCCGGUUGGGGAUUUGGCUCAGUGGUAGAGCGCUUGCCUAGCAACCGCAAGGCCCUGGGUUCGGUCCCCAGCUCCGAAAAAAAAAGAAAAAACAAAACAAAACAGAACAAAAAAAUCAUCAUAUCCUUCUCUUGCUUAAAACCCUCCUGUGUUUUCUGGUAACACAGGGUGAAGUUCAAGUUUCUUUUCCUAACAAGAGUCUUAAAUAUAAUCCCCCACCCCCACCCUGCACACUCAAUGCACACCAGAUACUGAAUGACCCCGUGAGUCACACACAGAGUUCCGAGGGCUCCCGAGUCCCAGCGAGUUCGGGUCACACUGAGUGCAAAUGACACACACAAAGGGGCUGGGGUCACGCCCCCAUCACUUUGCCUCAACUACCCUUUCCCUCACCCCAGCCUGUGUUCUCAUCGUUCUGUGAGAUACCGAAUCUCAAAGAGCAGACCUCAGAUGGACAGAUUUCUCACCUCUCCAGAAACGUCUCAGAAGGAAAAACUAACCUGAACCAGGGACCCGCUGGGACUCAGCGGGCUCUGAGCCUUCCAUGUCAUCCGGCAAGCUUGAGUUUGAAAACAACAACCUCCCUCGUGGUUGGGGAUUUAGCUCAGCGGUAGAGCGCUUGCCUAGCGAGUGCAAGGCCCUGGGUUCGGUCCCCAGCUCUGGAAAAAAAAAAUAAUAACAAAAAAACCUCGGGCUGGAGAGAUGGCUCAACGGUUAAGAGCACCCGACUGCUCUUCCAGAGGUCAUGAGUUCAAUUCCCAGCAACCGCAUGGUGGCUCACAACCAUCUAUAAAGAGAUCCGAUGCCCUCUUCUGGUGUAUCUGAAGACAGCUACAGUGUACUUAUAUAUAAUAAAUAAAUAAAUCUUAAAAAAAAAAAAAGAAAGAAAGAAAAAGAAAACAACUACUUCUGGCCCAUGCAACAGGCCAUGUGAUCUUGUGUUCUCGCCCUCUCCCAUCAUCCCCAUUAGACUCCUGGGAAUGUGGGACCUUAAUCAUGCUGUUUUCCUAAUCUAUCUCCCUCAUCUAAUGAGACUUGAUUGUUUUUUUAAUGCCUUAGGCCUUGUGCUCUACAAGGAUACCAGUCCAGUACAAAUGUUUGAUUUCUGCUGGUUAAAUAAAGAAACUAACCAAAGAA